AUGCAACCUUUCGGGCCGUUGCGAUGUCUGCUGCUGGCGGUGAUGGGUGUCCUUGCGCAAGCGGAUGAACCCAUCGUCUUGAAGCCGGGAGAAGCGGAGGCAGGACUCUCUGAGGCUUUGUCCCCCUUUGCGAAUUGCCUGCGGCAGGCUGGCAAGUCACAGAAGAUGAUGGAACCUCGUCACGACAGCUCAGACUCCGCUGGUACCUCCUCAGUCAUAGUGGUGCCGACCGUCUUCCAAAACCUCUGCAUCAUCAGCUGUGCUGCGACGUGGCUCUGCUCCCCGCUGCACUCGGCAGUGGAGGGGGCGCUCUCCGCCGCCGCGAAGCAGGGCUGGAAUCGGACGAACGACUCCGAAAAUUUGUGGCUGGCUGGGCACAGCCUCGGUGCCACCUGUGCAAACAAGCUUUUCCAGGCCUACAACGCCCACAACUCCAGCAACUCGGGCUCGAGUCCCUACGCUGGUAUGGUGGUCAUGGGAGGCUACGUGGAUGAAACAGGAGACUACGACCUGCUCGGCUAUCCGGUGCCUGUCCUGAGCCUGAACGUGGAGCUGGACGGCGGCCUUGCAAGGCCGGGCAAAAUCUCGACGUGGUGGCAUCAGUUCCUGAAGCUUCGGCAACAGAAGGGCUUGAAGGCUGCGGCCACUGACAAGCCAGUGAUCGUGCUGCCGAAGCUGAACCACUCGGACUUCUGUCCCGGCUUUGAUGUGCCCGGGGACCUUCUUGCAGAGGUGGGACAGCAGGAGGCGACGCGCACCAUUGGUGAGACAGUCUCCGCUUUUCUGGCACUCCAUUGGAAGGGAGCAGAAGCAAAAAAAGCUUCAGCCCUUGAGCUCCUGAAGAGCCAGCUCCAGUGGACGGAAGGUUUGUUGGGUCCCUACCUCGAGGCACAAGAGUUGGAAAGAACGGCAGCGGACCACAACGUAAGCUCAGAAGGCUCGAGCCCUUUCUGCAGCCGGGCUCAACAUGUCCUGGCCGGUCUCAGUGCAGCGGAUGCGCAGCGGUUGCAGGUCCAAGACGGCUUCCAUGUCUCGUCUCCCAAUCUGGAGCACUGCCAUCCGGCGUGGACUGUGGAGGGGAAGAAGCUUCUGGUCCGAUCGUGCAGCCACACGAACUACUAUCCCGACAUCAGCAACACCGGCAAAAUCACGGCGGCCGAGGAGAUAGGUUGCAAGUUGCUAUCGGCAGAGCGCGUUGCCCAGCAGCUUCAGACGCACCCUGAGCAUCGACGGUUACCCUGCGCCGCGAUGAACCGAGUCGCCGUGCAAGUAGCUGAACAGCUCGCAGCUGAGAGCACGCUGCGGCGAUAUCGCGAGAAGGGCCGUGGCUGGUGCUUCCUGGAUGACUCGCCGUCUGUGGCCGGACCUGUCUGGGUCUUCAAGGAUCGGCUUGCCCUCAAGGAGAACAGCACCUGUAUGGCAGCACAAUCCCCGUCCAUGCUGACCGAUGUCAAUGCAAGGAUUUAUCCUGGCAUCCACUACUGCAAGCUUCUGUCACCUGCUCGGGUGUUGGACUGGAUGAUGACGGACAGCCUAAAGCCAGGCAGUCAAAGUGACGUCUCCAUCAUCGUUUGA